AGAGCGUUCGUCGUGACGUGAAAUAUUUUAUAUAAGCGUCAAUUCUCGCUGGCUCAUCUUCCGAUCUCGAGUGUUUGGAGCGACGUACUGAACUAACAUAAUGGUGAAGGCGAUCUGUGUGCUCAAGGGAACAAGUGAUGUCACCGGCGUUGUCCGAUUCGAGCAAGAGGGUAACGGACCAGUAACAGUUGAUGGCAGCAUCGAGGGGCUCGCUGAUGGCAAUCAUGGCUUCCAUAUCCAUGCUUUUGGCGAUAAUACCAAUGGUUGUAUAAGCGCAGGUCCUCAUUUCAAUCCAGAAGGCAAAAAACAUGGUGGCCCAACUGAUGAAGAGAGGCAUGUUGGGGAUCUUGGAAAUGUAACUUCUGCAGAUGGAGUGGCUAAGUUCAAAUUUGAAGACUCUGUUAUUUCUUUGACUGGUCCUCAUUCCAUAAUUGGUCGCACUGCAGUGGUUCAUGAGAAGACUGACGACUUGGGCAAAGGUGGCAAUGAUGAGAGUUUUAUCACAGGCAAUGCUGGUGGUCGCUUGGCAUGUGGAGUAAUUGGCAUUGCUCAGUGAGGUUCUUUUGAAGUACCAAUGGGUGUCUGAAGCCUCUCACCUGGCCUCAUGCGAUAUGCUUGCUUACAGUAGAUAACUAUCAGUUGGAACCAUAUUCUGUUGCAUUUCAGUAACUUUCUGAUUGUUUAUAAAAGUGUUUAAAUUCUGUCAAAACAUAAAAUUGGUUGCAUAGUUUUAUAAAAAAAACUGGUCUCCUUUGUAAUUCCUUAAUCCAUCUGCAAUAAAUGGAAGUGGAAUACCUUCACUAACUUCAUGGCUAAUAUGAAUACAGAGUUUUCUACCA